GAGCCACUGGCUUCCUUAGACUUCUCCGUCCAUAAAUUAUAGCCAGAGGCACUAAUUUGUUGUCUCAGGUAACAUCUAUAUCGUUUUGAACUGUGUUGGUUUCCUCAAGUGCUUCUUCUCAGCAUUGCUUUGUCAUUCGAAAUGAGUUUCUCAGGUGCUGCACUUGGUUCAGGCAGAAUUUUAGGAAGGGCGGUGGAGUUUGGGAAAACUCAUGUGGUUAGGCCCAAAGGGAAACACCAAGCUACUAUUGUCUGGCUACAUGGUCUUGGCGACAAUGGCUCCAGCUGGUCCCAGCUUUUGGAGACCCUUCCCCUUCCAAAUAUCAAAUGGAUAUGCCCAACUGCUCCUUCUCAACCAAUAAGUUUGUUUGGUGGUUUUCCCUCCACAGCUUGGUUUGAUGUUGUGGGCAUCAAUGAAGAUGGACCUGAUGAUGUAGAAGGGCUGGAUAUGGCUGCUGCACAUGUUGCAAAUUUGUUGUCAAAUGAGCCUGCUGACAUUAAAUUAGGUGUUGGAGGGUUCAGCAUGGGUGCGGGGACGUCUCUAUAUUCUGCGACAUGUUUUGCUCUCGGUAAAUAUGGAAAUGGCAAUCCUUAUCCUAUCAAUUUAAGCGCAGCCAUAGGCUUAAGCGGGUGGCUUCCUUGUGCCAAGACACUGGCUGGCAAACUUGAAGAGGAACAAAUCAAGAACCGAGCUGCAUCGUUACCUAUUUUAGUUUGUCAUGGAAAAGGUGAUGAUGUGGUACCGUUCAAGUUUGGGGAGAAAUCUUCACAGGCCUUGAUAUCAAACGGGUUUAAGAAGACGACUUUCAAAGCGUACAGUGAACUUGGUCACUACACUAUCCCACAGGAGAUGGAUGAGUUGUGCGCGUGGUUAACAUCCAACCUCGGCCUCCAAGGUUGAAAAGGCUUUUUCAAUCAUGUCACUUUCUUAUGAAAUACUCUUGAGAGUUCCACUGAUUUGGAUUGGAUUCUUUGUCACUUUAAUAUGUAUACAUUGACACAUUUUAGUUUUUUUUUUUUUUUU